AUGGAGGUCGGAGACCAGCUGAAAAAACUAAAUAUGACACCGGAUGAAGUCGACCGAUUGUCCAACGCUUUCAAAGAUGAGAAGUUCAAGGAAAUGCUGCGGGACUAUGCCAAGGAAUUAUCAGACCCCGAGAAUAAGAAAAAGUAUGAAGAGGAGAUCAAACUGUUGGAGGAGGAGCGGGGAAACACCAUUGACUUUAUCCACCCGGAGCCCUUUAAAGCCCUCAGGACGAGUCUGAAUGGCACGCAAAAGUGUUUCAUCAACAUCUGUGCCAAUGAAAAAGUUGGGAAGCCAGAGUGUAAACUGGGGACAUCCGAGGAUGGCCGACGAGGGCAGCAGUGGUCGCUCCCUCACAGUUUGCACCCUGGGAGACCAGACACAGACCCCAAAGGAAAGAAGAUUAUGAUUUAUGAUGUUGUUUUCCACCCUGACACUCUCCACAUGGCCAGCAGAAACAAGAGAUUCAUGAAUAUGGUGCUCAGCACAGCCAUUCAGGGGAUCCAGGAAAAUUUCAAAGUGAUCCUGGAUAAAAACAAAGUAAGAGAGUUGACCAUUAAGUAUAAAGGCACUCCUCAGCCUUGUGUGAUCCGUAAGCCUAUUCCAGGAUACAAAGCCAAGGAGCGUCCAGCACAUCCGGACCCUCUUGCCUUCCCGUACCCUGAUGAAAAAAGACCUACCACAGCCACAACACCUGCUCAAAUAAAAGACAGCGUUGAUGCCAAUCCUGUGGCUUCCCAGAUCCAGUCACACAAACCCAAAGAGCCAAUAGUACCAAAGUACACAGUGAAAUACAGAUCUUUCAUCGAUCUGCAGGACUUCAGAUAUUCCAGAGACUCGGCACAGAGUCCUAGGCCCAAAGAGAUUGUUGUCACGGUUGACAUGCCACUUCUGAAAUCAGCCGCGGCCGCCAGUCUGGAAGUAAAGGGUAAAAGCCUGCUGCUGGAGUCCGAGAAACCAGCCUACAGACUGGAGGUGGUCUUAGCAUACCCUGUGGAUGAGGAUAAAGGAGAGGCCAAGUUUAACAAACAGAGAGGCCAGCUGACCAUCACACUGCCUGUUCUUCCAUCAAAUGAGACGUACGAUUUUGCCCUAAGAACCACACAAACUGAUAGUGAAAAUGACAGACUGGAGGAGGAAAGUGCAGUGCAGGAGGGGGAGAAAUGGCAGGAACAUGAGAGGGAAGGUGAGAAAAGAGAAGAGGAGGAGAGUGGCAUGGAAAAGCAGCAGGAACUGAGGCAUCACAAGAGGGGAGAUGGGAAAAGAGAAGAGGAGGAAAGCGAAGGGAAUGAGGAGGAGAAAUUGAAGGAUCAUGAGAGGAAAGUUGAGAAAAGAGAAGAGGAAGAGGAGGAAGAAAACCAACCGGAGCAAAAUAGAGAAAACCAAGGAACCGAAGAGGAAAGCAAAGGGAAUGAGGAGGAGAAACUGAAGGAUCAUGAGAGGGAAGCUGAGAAAAGAGAUGAGGAGGAAAGUGGAGUGGAGAGGGAGGAGAAAUUGAAGAAACAGAUGAGGGAAGAUGAGAAAAGUGAAGAGGAGGAAGAAAGAAGAGCUGAGGAGGAGGAAAGGACACAGCAGAAAUGGGAAGGAAGGAGUGAAAGGAAGGGAGGAAGAGGAGUAGAGGAGAGACAAAAGCAGCAGGACGUUGCUGCUGAGGACAAAAACUCAGCACAGGGUGAUGUUAAUGAGGCAUCACCAAAAACUGAAAACCAGCCCUUUUCAGACUCGAAUGAAAAGUCCAGCGGCACAGGAGAGGAGAGAGGACAAAGUCUGAAGUCCUGUGUUGAGACAAGGCACCAAAUGAAGACUUCAGAGUUCCACGGGGAGAUGGGACAGACACAAGAGGAUGUGGAUUACUCACAUGGAAAUCUGAAUAAGGUGGAAAUGGACCCAUUUCUGACUCAAACAUCCAGUGAGAAUUCCCAAAUUCCUAUUGCUGUGUCUGCCCUACCUGCCAUGCAGCCUCUUCCAAAUCAAGUCCACAGACCUGAAGAGAUCAGGGAUGUGCUUGUGUCUGAAAAAGCUCAAGAGACAUCAGCUAGUGGGAAUUCAAGCAAGAUGAAUGCCCACCUCUCUGAGGAAGAUAUUGAUGAAGACGACUUGAUGACAGAGCAGACCUUCCCAGUUCACCAUACCAGUCCACCACCAGUCGUGUUAAGGGAAAUUGAUGAGGACAGAAAUGAGCGUGUGAUCAGUGAUCACUCCACAUCUGCUGGGUUCAUCUUCCAAAAUUCCCUGCUGUAUGAACUAGACUGACUUAACUGCAUGUA